AUGUUCAUUUCCCAAUCGAAGCGGCAAGGCUGUGGAAGCACUCGCUGUGAAAUAGGAAUCGAAGGAAACAAUCCAGACCGCCAGUCACCGGAAAGCGGAAGUGCUGAAGCAGGAGCAAAGAAGGAGAGCGCAAGUGGUGAGGAAAAAGGUGAAAAGAGUCGAAGCGUUGAAGGAGGAGAGAAAAAAGGAAGCGCAAGUGCAGAGGAGAAAGGGGCUGGAAGCAAAGAAAAAGGAGCGGAAGAAAAGCUCAUUGGAAGCGCUGAGGGAAGAACCCAAAGAGCUGGAAGCGCUGAAGUAGGAGCCGAAAAACGUAUUGGUGGAAGUGCUGAAGGAAGAACCCAAAAGGGUGAAAGCGUUGAAGGAGGAGAAGCAGCUCAAUAUCGUCGAAAAAGCAAAAGUGCGGAAGACGGUGCAGGACAAGAACAAAAAGCAAAAACGAAGCUCGUAAAAAGCGAUGAACUCUCAGUGAGAAGUCGCGAACAGAUCAAAGCAGGCAGCGCUGAGGGCAAAGGAGGCGAAAUACGAGGAAAGACUUCAAGCGUUGCGAAAAAAGUCCAAGACGGAAUGGAACAAGGAAAAACUGCACAAAAAGAAGGGCAACAAAGGGGGCAGACAAGCAAAAGAAGUGUAUCCACCGAAGGCAAAGGUCAGACUUUCACAGCCAGUAAAUCAAGUGAAGAAAAAGCAAGAAAAUCGAGGGGCGCUAGUUCUGAUGAAUAUCCAUACGAUUCGAGAACGACUGCAAGUCCUCGAGAACGAGAACGUCAGCAAGAAUCUCUUUCUGAAUCAAUCGAAUCCGAAGACAUAGUAGUGCUUAUAACAGAGGAGGACAGAGAUUACAUGGAUAGGAUUACCAUCGGAAAAUUAUCUCGGGCAGGAAUCGGUCAAACGUUCCGAUGGAGUAAAGUCACUUACUAUUGUGUGGUUGUCUCCUACGCGUCAUCCAUUGACAGCAUAGCAAUGUUCAAUUAUUGUGUCGCCAGAUUAGGAAUUUACUGGAUGAUCCCGUUCUUGUUGUCGAUGUAUUUUGUUGGUUUUCCAUUGACAUAUCUUGAACUUGCGUUAGGCCAGUACACACAUUCUUCUGCUCUUACAAUCUUCAGUCGUAUCGCACCUAUUAGUGUUGGUAUCGGUGUCUCUUCGUUACUUAUGCUGAUAGGGAGCACUAUAAUCGGCACUGAUUUCAUGGAGGUCAUGAUUACGGUGUUCAUUGAGUCUUUCGAUAUGUUCAUAAACGAACUACCAUUUGAGAACUGUGUUGCGUCGUCAAGCAGAUCGUACUGUCAGUCAUUGGCAAGGAAUUGUUCCCUUCUACAAGAUCCCCUACACGAGGUGUCGCACUCAGAUGCAUUCGAUCAUCAAAAGUAUGAGUAUAUGGGCAUUGGAGACACGUGCGUUACCAACGCCAUAAAAUCGUGGAACUAUCCACUCAAAGAAGGUGCAAUGGAACAAAAGGGUUUUGUGAAUAAGUUGCCGAUAGUUCACUUCGCUCACUCCGACUACGAGGAUUUCGAGAAACUCGAGCUAACCGAUUGGCCGCAUCCAUUCUCAUUGAUAAUUACGAUCGGAACUUUUUCUUUCAUGGCUUUCCUGUUGUCAUACCGACGUCGUUUUGUCGCAUGGAUUUCCUACACCUACAUGGCGCUGAUGUUCAUCGUAACAAUCACCAUCUUUCUCGUGUAUUCGUACAUAUCACCACCGGCUUUCCCAGCAUCUCAUGUUUUUGACGCUGAUCUGAAACUAUUCAAUACAGAAACCUGGCUCACAGCGAUCAUCCUGGCUGUUCUGGUGCUUAGACUGGGUUACGGUGGAAUGAUAUUCCUUGGAUCUCAAAAUCAGUUUCACAAUGAUCUGGCAACGGAUGCGAUGGUCAUUACCGCAGCCGUCUCAUUUAUUUAUGUAUCACAAGCGAUGCUACAUAUUCUUGUAAGAGAUUCAUUCAUGGUAGAGGCGACUUCCGGUGACUUUGUAGUAUUUUCCAGCCUCUUACGUGAAGCCAACGACUUCUCUGUCAAAGCGAAUCGUGCUGGAUCGAGACUCAUGUCCCUAUAUUUGGGAUCAUUCAAAACAUUUCGUCAUCUGCAGGCUCCAAUGACCGCACUCGUGUCCUUGUUUGGGAUAUUUGCUGCCUUCACGAGUAAAGUGGUGCGCAUCGAGGUACUGUUCUCAACCGUACAGGACUAUAUUGGGAUUGUGCCAGAGCGUGAAACAAGAAUCUCCCUUAUGUGCUUGGUCUGCCUUUUCAUGUCACUUUUUAGCCUUAUGUGUUUUUGUCCGAGAUGCCAUAUGUUGGAAAUAAGUUUCGAAACGAUAGUUCUUCCAAACGCAGUACUGGUAAUUCUUCUCGGAGAAUUAUUUAUUGUCUGUGGUUUGUACGGUACUCGAAGAUUCUUUAGCAAUGUUUCAACGAUGAUUAUGGGAAAAGCUAUGAAGCAUCGAUACACACGUGAUGAUCCAAUUAGUUUGAUUAUAAACAUGGUGACCAUGCUGUUGUGGAAAGCUGUGAUUCCUGUAGCACUUUUGUUCUCCCUGUAUACCUACGUUAUCGCUCCAAGGACUAACAUUGAAGACUACGACGUCCUGAUGCAUUUUUUACUGCUUUGCCCAAUACCUAUCUGUGCGUUGUACAAGAUCUUCUAUUCAUAUAUCCACAAAAUGAACAUGGCCAGACUAUUCGUACCUGACGCAGAUCUUUGGGGUCCAAGAUCGAUGGGACAUCGUCAGUUGGCGGAAAAAAACGAGAAACUUGUUCGGGUCUAG